AUGGAUACGCUUCAAGAGAUAAAUAAACAGUAUUUUCGAACUGACCUUCCAGAAUUACAGGUAGGCGACAAAGUCGAAGUUAUUACUAAAAACUUUAAUAGAUUUAGUCAAAAUGAGAAAACUAAGCAUCGUCUAGUUAAUUUUAAAGGGAUAGUAAUUACCCAAAAGAACAAAAAGCAAAUUAGUUACACCUUUUCGGUUUUAAGAGAAAGUGGCAAAGUAGCAGUUAGAAGUAUUUUCCUUUAUCAUUCUCCGCUUAUAGUAAGUAUUAAAAAAUUAGUGGUAACCAUGUCAAGUCUAAAAGAUAUAAACCUAAAAGAUUUAGUAAAAAAUUCGAAUAAAAACGAUUUAGUUAAUGAGGCUGUUUCGGAGUUUAAUUUAAGCGAACAAAAAGAAGUCCGUGUUCCUUUUUCUCUUAAAGAAAGAGCAAAAAGAAAUCUCUCUAAUGAAUUUUUUUAUAGUUCUUCCCCUGUUGUUGAAGAAAAAAAAAAUCUUGAAGCGGACGAAUUUAUUCCUAUUCCGAAGCAACCGGGCGAAAUAAUUCCCUUAACUUUUCGCAAAUUUUUCUUUCAUGCAAUUACCGGCGAUAUUACCCAAAUCGCUCUCAAAAACUCUAAAAAACUUUCAAAUUUAAUCGAGGAAGCCCAAUAUAAGAUUCAAAAAAAAUCUCUUGCUUUUGUUGAUUUCAUUUUUGACCGACAAAUCAGCACUGCCAUUUGCCAACUUGACAAUUAUAACGCUAAUGCUAAAAUAUACAAAAAGGCUAGCGAAUUCCAAAAAAUUGAAACAGUUAUCCAAUGGAUAAUUGAUACUAACCUUAAAAUGCAAAUCGCCCAACAUAAAGAAUUCUAUGUAGAGGAAAGCCGAGACUAUAAACAAAUAAGAAAAUUGCCUUUGCCCUUGAAUGAAUCUAUUUUGGCUGGUAUUGCUGCUAGUAUUUUUGAGAAUAAAAUGGUGGGAAAAGAUUUUAAUUUCGCUGAACUUUUGCCAAAAUCGCUUCAAUUAUUUUUCGGAAAUUUAGGCAAAUUUGAGGAAGAAUUAAUGGUGCGGGGCGGUCAUUAUACUAAAAAUCUCUUAUUAACCAAAUUUCGAUGCUUAUCUUUUGAAAAAAAGCGGUUAAAAAAAGAUGAAUUGCGAGUUUUAGUAGAAUCUGAUUCAGCAAAUAUAGUAAUUUUUACCAAUUUCGCGGGAAUUUUUACUUGCGUUUGGGAUUAUGGCGAUUAUGCUUCCUCUCGAAAGCGCAUUAAUGCUUUUUUGGCUCUACCCGAAAAAAAUGACAAUUUGGCAGUUUUAAAACGCUACAAUCGCAUUUUCACCACCGAAAAGUUAAACCGCUUAAUGGGUAAAAAUGGAACUGGAAAAAGCACUGUUUUGUAUCUUUUGCUGGGAAUGCUAAAUCCGCAAGAGGGGAAAGUAAUUAUUGAAUACCAAAACGGGUCUAGUUAUGAACUUCACCGAGACAUUAAUUUACAAGCCUGA